GCUCGCACCCAACUCUCCCCUCUCUCUCUCUCUCUCUCAUCAUUGUUCAAGAAAGAGAGAAACCCCAAAUCCCCCCAAUGUUGGAGUGAUUCCUUCCUUCCAUCCAGCACCAGCUUGCAAUCUCUGCAGCUUCAAUCGGCUGGGACGUCUCUGGGGCUCUCUGCUGCUGCUGCUGCUGCUGCUAGUUCAGGGAACACUGAAGAUUGUCCACUGCCUGACGAGCUCCUCUGGUCUUUUUGUUGAUCCUCCUUUUAUUGAGAAUAUAUGGCAGAGCCUGGAGAUGCAAACACAAGUGGUUUGCCUGCACACCUUGUUACAUUGGCUUCAGAUAUUCACUCCAAGCUGAACUUCCACAAGAAUGCCUACGGUGACUAUAUUGACAUCCACAAUUGCCUUCACAGAGUCAUUGAAGAAAGGGGGAAGCUCCAGCAAGAACGGGAAGCGGUUCUUCUACUUGUGGCUGAAAAGGAGGAACUCAUUAAAAAGAAUGAGGAGCAGACAGCAGAGAUUGAGUCUCUAAAGAAGAAACUUCAAGCAACUGGGACAAAAGAUACUCAUGAAGUGUGUGAAAGUGAUUUUCAGAAUAAUCAGUCUGAAGGGGUACAAACAAGAUCAAUGCACAAACGUAAGCGCCAAUGUCAAGGACAUGCUAGUGAAAAUGUUGAUGGGCAAGAGCUUAUGGAAGACCUGUCUGAUACAAGUAAUCUUGAGCAACAUCCAAGCAUUGAGUUUGAGGAUUCAAGUAAGGAGAUAACGAAAAUCCACUCUAAGCUGAUUAAGGGAUUUCUUGAAAUUGAUAAUGGCGGACGGAAUUUUGGAAUCAAGUAUAUGGGACAGUUGAGUGACAAGCCAUUCCGAUUGGCAUGCGUUGAGAAGUUUGCUCUCAAAGAAGCUGAGGCAGUUGCGAAAGCCUCUGAGCUUUGCUGCUCAUGGCAGGAGCAACUCUUGAACCCAGAUUGGGAUCCCUUCAAGACUGUCACUGUUGGAGAUUUUUCUGAGGACAUCGUGGAUACUGAUGACGAUAAGCUACAAGAGCUACAUGCCACAUUGGGUGAAGUGGUUUACAAAGCUGUGGUGAAUGGACUAUCAGAAAUGAAAAGGUAUUGCAGGCUGAGUGAUAGAACCAUUGUACCUGAGCUUUGGAAUUUCAAGGAGAAUAGGAAGGCCACUCCAAGUGAGUGUGUCGAAUACUUGUGCAAUCAAGUGAAGCUUCUCAGCAAUGCAAAAGGCAGGAUAAAUCGCAGGAAAUGGGGGUGUGGUGGUGGAAGGAAUUAGAAGACACUCCAAGAAAAGAUUGGACACUUGUACAGCACUGGUAGUGACUAGCAGAAAUACUAAUUCAUGUUGAAGACUGAAGCAUUUGACCUUGCUAAGGAAGGAAAUUACAACAAACUUAUCAGAAUGACUUAGGAUUUCUCUCAUGUACUUGUUAGAACCUUUUGCAUCGUUGCUGGGAUUGUGCUUUUGUUUGGAGCCUUCCUGCUCACCAUGUUCCAAACUUGCUCCAGAUUUCAGUAUUCUGGUACUGUCAUCAACUCAUGCUCACUAGCUAGGUCACCUAAAGUUUGAAGCCUGAACUUUGGUAUGCAAUGUUGGGAAGCAUUUUGCACCA